CUUCCUCCAGCAGAGCUGCUGCCUGUGCUCCCCGGCACUGUGGUACUGUGGAAUUGAGUCUUCAUAUUCCUCCAACUCACCUGUGAGGCUAGACCAUGACAGUGGUCUCUGGCCAUCAAUUUUGUCCUUAAUUGUACAUGGGAACUUUUUCCAGAUACCUAGCACAAUCUUUGAAAAAAAAAGAUUUUUUUCCUUUUUUUUUUUUUUUUUUUUUUUGGUUUUGAGGAGAUAAUUACAUAAUGAGGAUUUUCAUAGCUUUUGAAGGAUCAUUUGAACCAUUUGAUGUUUCAGCUGAUGAAACUGUGGAAGCUAUCAAGCUGAUGAUAAAGGAUUAUUUCCACAUUCCUCUCGCUGAAGACAAACAAGGCAGGCGUUAUCUGGAGUUAGUGUAUGCUGGAGCUGCUCUAAGGAACAGUUGGAGUCUUGCUGAUGUUGGAAUAUCUUUUUGUUCAACUCUCAAAUGCUUUGUUAAGGAAGAAGACAAGCCUACUCUCUAUGUGUUCAAUGCUGUAACGCAAGAGAUGAUGCCAAUAAUUGAGAACAUUUCCCUUCUUGAUAGAAAGGUGUCUGACCUGCGAACACUGGUUACUCUGCAAUGUGGCUUCCCCAUGAGCAUCUACUGUCUGCGGACCCCAAAGGGACAGGAAAUGUAUGACUGCAACACGCUCAAGGACUACCACACCGACACAGGAACAACGCUUCGUUUGGAUGUCUGGGAUGGAUGGAAGGAAUUUCUGAUGGGCUGUCUCCGUGGGCAAAAACAUAAAGUCCAACGAUAUCUAUCAAAAGAAGGGCCAGUACUCAAGUAUCAGAAAAGGGUAGCCCUGUACAUCGCCGCCUUUCACGGCUACAUUGAGCUCACCGAGUGGGCCCUGAAGCAGGGCGUGCGGCCGCAUGAGGCAGUGGGCGUCCACCCCUAUCGGGCAUGGUGCCAUGAAGCCCUUCACGCAGAUGUCACUAAGUGCCCCAUUCAUGCGGCCGCAGAAGCAGGCCAGCUGCUGAUUCUGAAGGCCUUUGUCCACUGCAGCGUUCUCUGCCUGGAGUGUAAAAAUGCAGCGGGACAGACUCCUCUGAAGAUCGCAUUCAAGUACAAGCAUAAAGACUGUGUAUUAUAUUUGCUGAGUAAAAUGUGGUCCACGGUUUCUUUUCUAAAAAUUUCAGUCCCAAUGAGGAUUUAUAUUAAAAUAAAACAAUGGCUCCUCAGAGCUCAAGGUCACAGCCUUCAGAAAGGCCAGCUUUGCAAAUCACGGGUUUUGGGGGCAAAAGUUGGAGACACUGUGAUGGUGGAUGGCUUCACCGCACCGCAAAUGACCUCCAAGAGCUGGCAUAAGACUGGGAACCAGGACUCACAAAGCAUGCCCAGCAAGCUUCCGCUUCUCAAGGCUCACACCGCAAGCAGGAAACCUGUUGACUCUCUGACAGUUUCACAGAGGGACACUGGCGAACAGACCCUCACAUUUCCUCUGCUAGCAGAGGUACAUAGGUUCUCUGACUUACAAAGACAUCAACAACAAUGUCAAAAAAGCAUUCCUGCCACAGCUAAGAGAAAAGAAAGGCUUGUGGAAAAUAAAUAUCUCCCCCAAAUCCCUCUUCCUCCAAUUUCAAGAGCAGGAUAUUCACAUCCACCAUUUUACUAUGCAACACCCAGUGUCGACUUCUUGCGAAGGUCUUCCUUGGACUCUUUCUCAAAACACAGUGGGAGGACUCCAAGGGAAAAUGCAGUCUACUGUUUAGCCGUGGCCAGUGCCUUUAAAGAGAAACGAUGGUUGCAACAGUUGGAAAUAGCAAGGGCCCUUGCCAGGAAGAGCAUUUCUAACCUGACUGUCCAUGGGAGUCUGACAGCACAUGAAAGCCUUCCAGAAAUCAUGCCUUGAAAAGUUAUGAUAACGUGAGUCUGUACAAAGACCUGUUCAG